AUGAUUGGAUGGACUGCUGCCGACGCGCAUCACACCACGGAGUCCACCAGAGUUCGCCUCUUACAUUUAAGUGUUUGACAUCAUCUUUGAAAUGAAGAGAAUUGUGCUAGUAACCGGAGCAAACAGUGGCAUUGGCCUGGCUCUGUGUGAGCGACUUCUCACCACCGAUUCUGAAAUCCACCUCUGUCUGGCAUGUCGAAAUACACAGCGAGCAAUGGCAGCCCGGUCUGCAUUACUCCACUCCCACCCUGAGGCGGAUAUUUCCCUCCUGAAGGUCGAUGUUGGCGACAUGAAUUCUGUUUUAGAGGCUGCCAAAGAAAUCAAAAAGAGAUAUUCGAGAUUAGACUACAUAUACCUCAAUGCAGGGAUUAUGCCCAAUCCUCAGCUGAACCUAAAGGUGUUUGUGAAAGGCCUCUUUUCCAGGAAAGUGGUAAGAAUGUUUGCAACUGGAGAAGGCCUGCUGACCCAAGAGGAUCAUGUCAAUGCGAACGGAUUACAGAAGGUUUUUGCUACUAAUGUCUUUGGUCAUUUUAUUCUGAUCAAGGAGCUGGAACCACUAUUAUGUUGUCCUUCAAUGACCUCCCAGCUAAUAUGGACUUCCUCCAGCAAUGCUCACAAAUCUGCAUUCAGCCUGGAUGACUACCAGCAUAGUCAAGGAAUAGAAUCUUAUAGUUCAUCCAAAUAUGCUUCUGACCUGCUCAGCUUGGCCUUGAACAGGCAAUUCAACAGACGGGGACUGUAUUCAUCUGUAACAUGUCCAGGGCUUGUAAUGACAAACCUUACAUAUGGAAUCCUACCAUCUUUUUUCUGGACAUUGAUAAUGCCAAUCAUGUUUUUGAUCCGUUUUUUCACAAAUUCUUUCACUCUUACUCCCUACAAUGGAGCAGAGGCUUUGGUGUGGCUAUAUAAGCAAAAUCCCGAAUCAUUAGAUCCCCGUGCAAAGUAUCACAGUUGCACAUCAGGACUUGGGAAUAACUAUGUCAACCCAAAAAAGAUGGAUCUUAGGGAAGACACAGCAGAAGCAUUUUAUAAGCAACUACUUGAACUGGAGCACAAACUUCGACAGAAAGUUGGUGUUGCAGAAGAAGCAAUUAAAUGACUAUACAGCAGGCAGGUGUAGAGGAUAAGGUAGUAGGCUUGAAACGGAUGUUACAGAUUCAGGUUUCAUUAUUCACCCGCCUAAGGUCAAAUCUCUUAAUCUAUUUAAUAUUUUAUUUUUAGAUUUGAAAUUUUGGUCAUUUUUAAAAAGCAUCAUUUAAAUUCAAAAUUAAUGGAUAAAGCACUUUUCAGAUCAUUUUAUAUAUGAGAGAAAGAGAUUCUUAAAAUGUAUAUCAUAAUAACACAAAUGCCUUCUAUCUAAAAUGUGAAAUAAAACCAGUACUGUGUUCUAUGUAUAGUUUUAUGUCUAGUUUGGUACAAUUUGCAAUAGUAGCCACACGUUAGUUGUAGGGUGAGGAAGGAAAUUGUAGAAGCCGUUGCCAUAUCUCUAUCAAAAGAUGUAAUGGUGUCUCCUGGUAACAAGGGUCGUAUUUCGCUCAGGUUCAGCCAGUUUACUUUGCAUAAUGAAUGAUCUCCGUAUUCCCAACAGUACUUGUGCUGUUAAUGCUGUUCAGUAAUAAUGUGCUCAAGUUAAGCAAGUGGCCGCUAUCUGACUCUCUUAAGUUUAUUAAGACUGUCUCACAAAUAGCACAUUGUAAGGAAAUGGGUAGCAAAACAUUUUAAGCCACACUAAUUUCAAUGUUCUUAAAGUGGUCGCAAGACAGGCUACAAAUAUAAAACAAAUAUGCUAGUGUCCAAUCCUGCUUACCCUGUGACCACCCUCUCCCUGUACUGUCAAAACUCCAAUCCUGAAGGUCCACAGUGACUAUAUGUUAAAAUCAAUCUAUUAAUCUUUCCUUCUGUGAUCUGACAUCAUUUUUUAAUUACAUUUGUGGAACACAAUACAUGGAAUUAUGGACGAAGA